AUGUCUGUUCUCCAACCUUUCAUUCGUACACGGACAGUGCCUCUUCUAGGCUCGCUUUCAAUAUUCACAACGUCUCUUAUAAGCUCUCCCACAGUCCAGCUAACACAGAGACGCUGGGCAUCAAAGAAGGGAGGCGGUUCGUCGAAAAGUAAGACAAAUCCGAGUGGGAAGAGACUAGGCGUGAAGCGGUUUGCUGGAGAGGAAGUGUCGGCUGGCCAAAUCUUGGUUCGCCAGAAAGGAACACAGUUCCAUCCUGGAGAUCAC